AUGGAUUUCAACUUUGGGCAGGACCCUCCUUCGGGCUCCGGUUCUCGUUCUAACUGGCUUGGUUCUGGUCAUCGCGUCGAAAUGUCAAAUUCAUCCCCCAAUGCGCCCAACACGAUGCUAGAAGAUGAUAUUUCUUUCGCCGAGUCAUAUCGUCCCGAGGCCUCUCCUUUAUUCAAUUCGGUUUAUAUGCCUCGCGAUACCACUACUGAAGCUACGCCUUCCCAUGGAAUGAGCCCUGGACCUGCACCUACUUGGCCUUGGCAGCGCGAUGCCGACAACACAUUGAAUAGCGAUAACUUCGACUCAACCGAUGUUUCUGCUUUACCGGAGCAGCCCACGGGCUUUUCUUCAUCUCCAGAAAAGCCUGCGGCACAGGAACCCGAGGAAUCUGCUGAUGCACAGAAUGUUAUUUCCCCCGUACGCGCCGCGUCUUCGUCGUUCGAACGUUCAACUGUCGGCAUUCAGGGAGGCUCUAUCGUCCAACAGGAUGACGAAGAGGAGGAGAUUCUGCGAGUCGAGAGCGACAUUAGCCCGCCUGUCGAAGAGUCCCGAGUCGAGAUUUAUGAGCACAACGAGACAACCAUCAUUCAAUCAUCAGAGAAGCAACCCGAUGAAAUCCCCACACAACAAGAACGUGACAGCGGAGUUACACCAGGCGAGGCCGAACGCGUCGAAGAGACACCCACCGAAACACCAGCUGAGCCGCUGAGUGACGCCGAUAACACUGCUGAAGACCAAGAAACUCCUGCAAAGGAAGCAUCGGGGUCACCGGAGGUCAAUCCAGCCCCAGCAGCAGGUCCUGGUAAGCUCAGGUCCGCAUUGCUUUCCGUAGGAAGGGGAAUAAUGAAGCGCAUGUCUGCACCCCCACCUGUCCUGGCUGCGACUUCCCCACAAGAUGAUUCACAAGCCAGAGCUAGGUCCACAGAGCCUGAGCAACAGCCCGGAACGGGAGCUUCGACACCCUCCCUUGUUGUUGAGCUUAAGAAGAUGUCAGAGUCUGAAAAGGAGGCUUUUGUUGAAAUGUCCGAGGACGAGGAAGAAACUGCACCUGCUGAGGAUCCUGCUCCCAAAUCCGCCGCCAAGCGAGGUCGGCCUAGCAAACAGAGUCUUCUCGGUAAGGCUACAGAGUUUGCUAAGAAGCCGGUUCGUGCGCGUCGCAGCAUUGCUUCUGCACCUGCAUCGCCCGCAGUCAAAAAGGCUCCUACAUCAGCCGCAAAACGCGGUCGUAAGUCCAUGCCAGCGAGUGUCGCUGUUGAUGAAACCCCCAAGAAGCGAGGACGACCACGAAAGAGUGAUGUUGUAGCUACUCCAGCUCAACCACCAAGCACAGCAAAGAGAGGCCGACCAAGAAAGUCUCUCGCCACCCCAAUCGUCGUUCCCAGCGCAUCAAAGCCUUUGUCCGCGAGAGGUCGCCGAGUUGCCAGUGCCAGCAAGGCCGUUGCCACGCCUAGAAGGUCGACCUCCGUGCGUACUCCCAAAACAGCCAUUGGACUGAAGGCAGCUACAACUCCCACGUCGACUCCUAGGCCGCGUGGAAGGCCACCCAAGAACCCCAAACCUGCAGAAGAAGCUGAGCCAGAAGAAGCUGAGCCAGAAGUUGAGGAGCCCAAGCGCGCUGGGCGUGCGAGCCGAACUUCAAAUGCGACUGAGGAUGUUGCUUCUGCCAAGGCCACUCGUGCUGUAAAGCCUCGUGUUGUUCCCUCCCCUGCCAAGCGGGGACGAGCAACAAGGAAUGCUGUAUCUGCUUCUUCUCCCAAGACUGAAACCCCAGUAGCUACAAAACGAGGACGCCGAGCUGCCGCGGAGCCCAAGGAGGAAGCUCCCGUUGAGACACCUAAGCGACGUGGCCGCCCUGCCACCAAGGUCGAGGCACCAGCAGUUGAAGAACCAGCAUCCGAGCCCAAGACCCGAAAGCGUGGCCGUGCGGCAGCCACUGAAGAUACUCCAGCUGAGGAACCAGCACCUAAGAGACGAGGCCGAGCAGCCAAGUCUGCUCCCGAGGAGGAACCCGCACCAGCUCCCAAACGACGUGGUCGUGCUGCUGCUUCGAAGGCCUCCGAAGAGGUUGCAGCUGAGCCUGCGACAACGAAGAAGCGCGGAGUAGCUAAGACUGCCUCGAAGAUGGCCGAAAAUGCUGCUUCCGGGCCUGAGCUGGCUCCCAAGAAGCGAGGUCGCGCAGCUGCUGCAGCAAAGGCUGCCGAAGAUGCACCGGCCGAGACUACCACCAAGCGUGGCCGUGCAAAGCGAUCUGCUCCCGAACCAGAGCCCGAGGUUGAGUCGCCCGAGCCUGCUACCAAGAAGCGACGCACAACACGUAAAGCUGAAGAGCCUGCCCCUGCUAAGGCAACCAAGGCCGCUUCGGGUAAGAAGCCCGGACGACCGGCGAAGGCUACCAAGGAGGCCGUCGAGGAAACCGCUCCCAAGCGUGGCAAGUCUACACGUACCAAGGCUGCCGAGCCCGCUCCUGUUGAGGAAGCACCCAAGCCCGCCAAGCGUGGUCGAGGUGCUGCAAAGAAGACAGCAGAGCCAGUCGCGGAAGCUGAGGCUGAAAAGCCCAAGGCUCGUGGACGACCCGCAAAGGCAAAGUCUGGAAAGGGCGAGCUUCCAAGCUCCAAGAAUGAGAAUGCCCCCGCGACGAAGCGUGGCCGAGGUGCCGCUGCCACCAAGGCUAAGGCUGCUGCCCCUACCAAAGUAACGAAGACCACUGUUACCAAAGUGACCAAGGCUGCUGCUCCAGCCAAGACAGGCAGGGCGGCACAGACUGGUGUUCGAAGGGGACUGCGAUCAAGGGGUUAA